AUGGGAAAGUCGAAGAAUAACAAGAAAGUGGCAAUCGCUGCUAAACCUGUUAAUUCUACUGCUCUUACUCAGGGUCGCAUCAGUUUUUCGCAAAAAAGCCGAGUCAAAACCGCCGAAAUUCGAUCAAAAAAGGUAUCCGACAAUUUGGACCCUCCGAUCCACAACAACAACAACAGCGACAUCAAUAUGGAAGAGGUUGAGCAUCCACUGAAGUACGAUCGCAUCGUUCCGAACAUCGAUUUGUCUCAGUGGAACCUGCAGACCCUGGCCUAUUUAUGCACAAUUCACUGGGAUACCCCUCGGAUUGGUGUGAAACCCAUUUCGGAUGGGACACGAGAAGAAUUUUUGCACCCCUGCAGCACGGGGUUAUCAAAUUCUAGCUCAACAAUGUAUGUUCAUCAUUUAAGGGGAUCCUAA